CGUGUAGGUGUGGCCAUAGAUACUACACCCUACGUACCAUGACGGAUGAAGAGACGAAGCUACAGUGCUACAACAAGGGCUGCCUAAAGCAGUACUCAUCAGAAGAAGAUGUAGACGGAGCCUGUGUCCAUCACCCUGGUGUCCCUGUGUUCCACGACGCCAUGAAAGGAUGGUCGUGUUGUAAGAAGAGAAGUACAGAUUUCACUGAUUUUCUCAACAUCCCCGGUUGUACAGUGGGAAGACAUAACCCCGUGAAGCCAGUCGAACCUGAGAGAAUCAAACAGAAGCCAUUGGCUAAAGGGGAGGAGAUCAUAGUGAAGGCUCUGCUCCCUAAACAAAAUCAACAGAUGGAGCGACCAUCGACGACCUCCCAAUGCGCCAGCUGAAGGUGAAAGUGGCCAACUCGCUGAAAUCUCUGCUGGCAAGACUCGGCAAGCACCAGGAGACAGCCGAGACAGCCCAACCAGCCGAGCAGGACCAGAGACCACCAGAAGAGGGAGAGAUAGAAGUUGGGACGACUUGUAAGAACAAGGGUUGCGAUGAAACGUACUAUGGUUCAGAUGUGGAGUUGACUAGCUGUAGAUAUCAUCCCGGAGUACCGAUAUUUCAUGAGGGGUACAAGUAUUGGACGUGCUGUCAACGAAGGACAUCGGAUUUCGAUGAGUUUCUAAAGCAAGAAGGCUGCACAACUGGAGAACACAAAUGGAUCGAGGUAGGCACACACACACACACACCACACACACACCUCUUCCAUUGUCUGGGUCUCAUUUCUCUAUCUAUUUUCUAUCUCUUUCUACAGACGGAGAAGAAGGAAGUGAGUUGUAGGUAUGAUUGGCAUCAGACCGGGACACAAGUCGUGAUCGCAUUCUACGCCAAGGCCUGCGUUCCUGAACAGUGUCUAUUUGAGGACCAACCAAACCUCGUGUCGUCUUCUCCUGUCUUUCAACAACGGCAAAGAGCAACAGCUCACAUCACUACAGUUCUACGGGGUAAUAGAUGUCGAUCGCAGCUCAGUGGAACUACUCGCAACAAAGGCAGAAGUGAAACUCAAGAAAGCAGACCCAAUAGCCUGGGCCACAUUGGAGCUGAAAACACCCAAACCGACUGCUAGUGAUGACGACGACAAUAAAACCCAGGAGCAGGAGUGACUGACUGACUAGGGAACUGCUGCUUUUUGUCCAAUAGCUGUACAUGAACUGUGUCAGAACCUAUUGCUGCUGUCACUGUUUUGUUGGCUGCUUUCAACUCCUAUAAUUAUAGUGCUGUGCAUUAUAAUACCAUUUAAUGUACAUGAUGCAUUGAAUGCUGUUUAUAACAACGCAUCAGAACUCUUACGUAAACUAACUAA